AUGGUUGCUAUUAUUUGGUUUGGUUGUGGCCAGGUGGCACUGAGUCGUUGGAAGCCACGGCAGUCUCGUUUUUGGACUGUAAACCCCUUCCUCUUUGGCCUUCCACGUUACAGAAUCGGCAUCUGGAGCGACCAUGGCUCCAUCGCUGUCCUCCUCCUGUUUUCGCAACUGAGGGAUGUUACAUCUCCUGCAACCAUAGAGGAGAAAAGGAAGGGGAAGGGACAUCCUUAUGAGUCUUGGAUUAACAGGCUGACUCACCCCUGGAGCGCCCGAACACAGGAGUGGAAUCGAGAAGCUCGAGAGGCCAACAGCGAGGAACAGCAAAAAACAAAACAACAACAACAAAAAAUAACGCAAACAAAACUGCGAGGAAGGGGGGGGGUGAGGAGCACUGCCAGGGAGCAGGUGGGGAAGUCUGAGGGAAGACCACUGGCACUGUACUCUGAGCGGCCUUCAGAAGAAGCCACCAUGACUGAUCAGAAUGUCGUCAAGGAAGGCUGGGUCCAGAAAAGAGGAGAGUAUAUAAAGAACUGGCGACCGCGUUACUUUCUGCUGAAGACGGAUGGCUCUUUCAUCGGCUACAAGGACAAACCGCAGGACUCAGACCUGGCCUACCCACUCAACAACUUCUCAGUAGCAAAGUGUCAGCUGAUGAAGACGGAGCGACCCAAGCCAAACACCUUCAUUAUCCGCUGCCUGCAGUGGACCACCGUCAUUGAGAGGACUUUUCACGUCGACUCUCCAGAUGAGAGGGACGAAUGGGCUGAAGCCAUCCAGAUGGUAGCAGAGUCGCUGGCUAAGCAGGAGGAAGAGGGCAUCCUGUGCAGCCCCACUUCUCAGAUAGAGAACGUCAACGAGGAGGAGAUGGACACUUCCAUCAGCCACUACAAACGAAAGACAAUGAAUGACUUCGACUAUUUAAAGCUCCUGGGAAAGGGCACUUUCGGAAAAGUCAUUCUGGUGAGAGAGAAGGCAAGCGGCACCUACUACGCCAUGAAGAUCCUCAAGAAGGAAGUCAUUAUAGCCAAGGAUGAAGUUGCUCACACGCUGACAGAAAGUAGAGUAUUGAAAAAUACCCGACAUCCAUUCCUAACUUCUUUGAAGUACUCUUUCCAGACUAAAGACCGGCUUUGCUUUGUAAUGGAGUACGUCAACGGAGGAGAGCUGUUUUUCCACUUGUCACGAGAAAGAGUGUUCUCAGAGGACCGCACCCGUUUCUAUGGUGCCGAGAUCGUUUCGGCUUUAGACUACCUUCAUUCUGCGAAGAUUGUCUACCGCGAUCUAAAGCUUGAAAACCUCAUGUUGGACAAAGACGGCCACAUUAAGAUUACGGAUUUUGGGCUCUGUAAAGAAGGCAUCACGGACACUGCCACCAUGAAGACCUUCUGUGGAACACCGGAAUACCUGGCUCCUGAGGUACUGGAGGACAACGACUACGGACGGGCAGUGGACUGGUGGGGUUUGGGCGUGGUGACGUACGAGAUGAUGUGCGGCCGCCUGCCAUUCUACAACCAGGACCACGAGAAGCUGUUUGAGCUCAUCUUAAUGGAAGAGAUCAAGUUCCCCCGGACCCUGUCGGCGGACGCCAAGUCACUGCUGUCAGGGUUGCUUAUUAAGGACCCCAACAAACGACUUGGCGGUGGACCAGACGAUGCUAAAGAGAUCAUGCGGCACAGUUUCUUUGGCACAGUCGACUGGCAGGACGUCUAUGACAAAAAGUUGGUCCCACCCUUCCAGCCCCAAGUCAGCUCAGAGACAGACACUCGCUACUUUGAUGAGGAGUUCACAGCACAGACCAUCACCAUAACCCCACCAGAAAAAUAUGAUGAGGAAGGAAUGGACGCAGCAGACAACGAGCGAAGGCCUCAUUUCCCACAGUUUUCGUACUCAGCCAGCGGUCGGGAGUGAGCGCUCCGGCCCAGCCAGCCAGUAUUGUUCCAUUUCAUGGCCAUUUUGAGGAAAACACGUAGCCAUUCUUGAGAACAAAACAAACAAACAAACAAAAAAAAAAAAUCUCCCUUCGUUUUCUCAUGGUCUGCCACUCCUUGCAGAUGAUGGGCUAUCUAUGGGGCUUCAAUAGAGGUUUUUUGCACAGUGGGAAAGACUCAGAGCUGGUGUCCGUCCCCCC